CACUCUCUGCACCAGCCCAUCCGGAGGUGUCACAAACAAAUAAAUAAGUCAUAGUGUUUGACCAGCUGUGGAGAGGUGGGAUACAGUGCAUUGAGGGUCAUCAGAAGCUCAGGUGGAAGUUCAGCACUGUCACAUACAUCACUAAAACCAUCAGCUCCGGGACAGAAAGACAGACAGACGAACAGCCCAACAGCUGGUCUGUGACAAAUUCAGUGUGGGAUGAGAAGAAGGGUUUAAUCCAACUCCAGGCAUGCUGAAGUUACGUUUCCUGAGGGUGAGGAAUCCUCUGGUGCGAGAGUGCAUGGCCGAAUUCCUGGGAACUUUUGUUCUGCUGCUCUUUGGCUGCUCGGCUGCAGCCCAGGUGAAGACAAGCAGGGAGACUAAAGGCCAAUUUCUGUCAGUCAACAUGGCCUUUUCUGUCGGAGUCAUGUCAGCCAUGUACCUCACCAAGGGCAUCACCGGUGCUCAUCUGAACCCAGCUGUGACUCUGAGUUUCUGUGUGUUGGGCAAGGUGCCCUGGGGAAGGCUGGUGCCCUAUUCCCUCUCCCAGCUGCUGGGGGCCUAUGUGGCAUCAGCUCUUGUCUACCUGGUGUACUAUGAUGCUAUAAUGGACUUUAGCGGAGGACUGCUGACUGUUUACGGCCCAAAUGAGACGGCGUCCAUAUUUGCCACAUAUCCCACAGAAUAUAUGACUUUGAGCAGAAGUGUCCUUGACCAGGUAGUGGGCACCGGCAUGCUGAUGUUGUGCAUCCUGUGUCUGGGUGAAAAGAGGAACAUGCCUGCUCCCACAGAGCUGAUACCCGCUGUAGUGGCAGUGAUUGUCCUGGGGAUCUCCAUGUCAAUGUCAGCUAACUGCGGCGGUGCAAUCAAUCCUGCUCGUGACCUGGGGCCACGCCUCUUCACACUGACUGCAGGCUGGGGCACUGAGGUCUUCACGUGUUACAACUACUGGUUCUGGGUUCCUCUGGUGGCCCCACUCCUCGGAGGUGUUUUGGGAUCUUUCAUGUACUUAAUCUUCAUCCAGUUGCACCUGCCUGACGAAGACCUCCCUGACAGUAUAUCCACUCUCUCCACCAUCAGUGACAAAUGCAAGCAGCCAGCCACCACAUGGGAACAUGGAGUAGAGAUUAAAAAUGCAUAUUUCUAAAUGUUACAGGAAUAAAAAUAUGUCCCACAUUAAAAAGCUAAGUUUCACCACUCAUGACCAAAACAGACAGUUAAGACAGAAAUAUGAAUGUAAAUUAUCCUCAAGAAAGCAGAAGCAAAUAUCUGAGCUUAUAGCCCCUGUUGAGACGCAAGCAGAUCUUUUGAUCUGAUAGGAAAAUAGCAGGUUCAUAUUUGUUAAGUUGAGUUUCUUAAACAGCCAGUAGAGGCAGAGACAAUGUGAAAUAUUACUGAUGUCUGUAUUUGAAAUAGAUAUUGAUAUUACUGCAUUGUUUUUAUUUUUUUAACAAAUGCUUUAUAUGAACAUCCAUUAAACUGAUGUCUUUGAAAAACAA